UGAUGGCUGACUUGCAAGUAUGCAGCAAGCUAUGUGUAAUGGAAAUGCUACUUUUUAAAAGUAAUGUACUGGAUAUCUGCGAAGAGUGACUAUGUCCACUGGUAAAAUUAUAUUUAGCACUGAUUUCCUGUUUGGUGCACAAGAUUAAUGGAGCGCACAUGUUGAAUAUGUUAGUGUGAAAACUAAAAUAUGUCAUAGUCUUUUUUAAUAUAUAAACACAGAAGACUGGUCAACUGGAGAAACAACCACAGCAUUCUUUCUUCAGGAAUGCACAGACAUGAUUUGACAUACAUUUCUACAAGUGAGCCUUGACCUUAGGAAUUUACAGAGUGGAAGUGGCAUUUUAGAACUGGUAAAGUCAAACAUUUUCAUGAUUUCUACUGCACAUUUCAUAUACAAAGGACUUCUAAAGCUACAACUUCAAAUUUAAUUGAGCUAAGCUGUGACCCUUUGCAGUCACCAUGGGAAGAGAUUGGAAAGAUCUGGAUUUGCUGCAGUGGUUACCACUUUUAUUUCUGACAGUGAUGAUUCUAAAUGAGGCAAACACAGAUGACUUUAUUUUCUGUGGGAAAAUUAAUCAUACUCAUAGACCACGGGCUCUGAAUAUAACCUGGAAGAAUUCCACAGGUUGCAAUAUCCAGAUUGAAAGCAAAAAUAGAAAUAUUAUUAUAAAUGCUCCCCUUACAAAGGCCUGUGAAGGAGGCACAAUGAAAGACAACUUGCAAAACAGCAGCAAAAUCUGCAUUAAGUGGCACAGAGCUAAUCAUUCUUUGAUAGUCUGGUACGGACCCAAGCAAUACAAGCAUUGUCAAAAUGUAACCAGAAUUUUAAAGUGUAGAUUUUAUGUGCUGGAGAAAAGCAAAAGCCAAGGAUGUGGCCAGAAACCAUAUAUCUGCUGGGAAAAUGCAAUACUUAACAGGACAAACUUGACACUUGCUUGGUUUUAUAAGUUCCAUGGUUUUUCAAGUGACUGUGGGGACUUGGAUAACUGGGAUCUAAAUGUGAACAAUACAAAAAAUGUCAGUGUUGACAACUACAUGUCUGCAACAAAUACAUUUAUGACAUUUUGUAAGUGCAAGCACAACUGCGGCAAAAUUCUAACAUCUCUGGAAUUAUUAAUACUGAAUGCAGCAAACAAGAAAGGAAGACGUGUACUUUCAAAAGGCAAAAUAAGAGCUAUCGUUAUUAAUGAAGAUAACAUUUUUGAUGAGCUUGUAAUAAAUAGCAGAGAUUUCUUGAAGGAAGGAAUUAAUGAAAGCAAAUUUUCCAUAAAAUUGCCUGGAACUAUUCUGGAUAAAGUUCAACAAUAUCCUCGCCAGCAAAGAAAGUUUUUAUUUCUCAGCAUAAGAAGUGCAUCUUUGUUUCAGUACUUGUUGCUCCAUCUAAACAUGGCAGCAUCGACUUAUGACAUUGCAGAUACACUGAUGUACUAA